AGACCCGGAAGCUGGGCGGUAGCUGCUGUUUUGCUGUCGAGUCACCUCUGUUCUGUCAGGAUGGAGGAAAACGAGCUGCUAUCAUGCUGAAAAACCAAGGAGAUCCGCUACAACCGAGCAUCACCAACCGGGAUAGUUAGUAUUAGACACAACACAAGUUACACCGUUUUAAUCUUGACUGCUGUAUAUCGUUUUCUGUCACACACUUUAUGUCCAAAAUGAUGGAAGAGAUCGACCGGUUCCAGGUUCCUCCAGUCAACGGAGAGACUCAGCCGCUGGACCCAGCAGAAUCCUCCACCUCAGAGGCGGACCCUGACACCAAGGGAGAGACCGUGGCCAUGAACUACAAGCCCUCACCACUGCAAGUCCAAAUAGAGAAACAGAGGGACCUCGCCAGGAAGGGAUCAGUGAAGAAUGGCACCGUGGGAAGUCCCGUCAAUCAACAACCUAAGAAGAAUGCCAGGACAAGGUUGGUGGUGCCAAACAAAGGCUACUCCUCUUUAGACCAGAGCCCAGAUGAGAAGCCCCUGGUAGCACUGGACACUGACAGUGACGAUGACUUCGACAUGUCCAGAUACUCCUCAUCAGGAUACUCCUCAGCCGAGGUGAGAUGUCUGAGGGACCAGCAGAUCAACCAGGACCUGAACAUCCAGCUCCUGAAGGAUGGGUACCGGCUCGACGAGAUCCCGGACGACGAGGACCUGGAUCUGAUCCCCCCCAAAGCAGUCAACCCCACCUGCAUGUGCUGCCAGGCUGCUUCCUCCACAGCCUGUCAAAUCCAGUAGCACCACCCCCCCCCACACACACAAAAAAAAGAAAACCUCCUGCCUGCCACCUGCAUUGAGGCCAACUACUGACCAGAGAGGCAGCAAGGAGGAAAAACUAUCGGCUGGCAAUGGCACAAAGGGAAAACAAGGGUUUCUAAAUGCUAAAUUAAGAAAUGGAGAUCAAGUCUUGAGAAAAGAGUCAAUAUGUACAGUAUCCAUGCACGUUCCUCCUAUGGUUGGAUCUGUGCAUCUUACUUCUGCAUUGUUGCUCGACUGAUGGCAGAAACUUUACCUCUAAGGAAAACAUGUUACUUUUGCUUCUUCUUCGUUUGACUUCCGUCUCACGCUUGUGGAUAUUUUGGUUUACGAGGACCACGAGGGAUUGCGCGUCAUCGUGGAAGAACGGAAAUCGGUCAACGGGAACUUGAAUAAAUAGCUGAAAUGGUGUCAUUACCGUGACAGUGGAGUCUCCUUCUUCUACUAGUGUGUCAUUAACGGCGUCGGAUUCGAUGAACAAGAAGAGAUAGGAAGUUUUGUAGUGGCCAUUGUUUUUUUUUUCUCUUUCUCAUUUCUUUCAGCCAGUCUGCUUCGUCUUCCUGUGUAUAUAAGUGUCAAAAAUGACGUGCGUAUGUGUCUAAAUAUGUCCAAGAAAGUAGUGCUGAAGCACUAACGCUUACACUAUGGGAGUCAUUUCUUUUCCAAGUUUGUCUGUUACACCAAGGUUGUGCUGCUUAACUGUUUCAUAUUCAUUUAUUUAAAAGAAGCUGAAAACAAAAUAGCAUGUUGCCUGUUAACACUGUGUCCUAAUGACCAGCUCGUGCAGAUGAUUUAUUGGUUUUUAUCGACCUCUAAACACAUCCUUGUGCCGAUGAGACAUUAUGUGAUGUUUAAAAACAUCAAGUUAGGAAUAUUUAGGUUCACCCGCUGUAAUAUCAGAAACAGCUCAUGAGUUAGUGCGUAUACUUCCUUUGUGUUUGUCCACGUUAGUCCCGACGUAAGAGGAGCACAAAGGCAGUCACCACCAGUGAAUGUGCUUACAAAAUAAUAAUAAUAUGAGGCUUAGAAUAUGUGCAAAUACAUAGAAAGUUGUACACUUUUGUCUGUACCUGUUCUGAAGAAUGUCUAUAAAGUGAUUCCAUAUCGCCUAGAUGGAAAUGAAAUGGGAUUUUCUUUUUGUUAAUUUAAAAAUGACACACAAGUUUUUUUUUCUAAGUGUAUUUGCGCAUAUUCACCUUGAGUUUUAAUAUAAUCUCAUUUGUCUGAUCUGAUUUGGGGACUGUAUAUGUAGCACCGGACACAGCUGUGUAUUGUCGAUGCUUUAUAUGCCACUGGAUGUUUCCCAUGAUGUUGAAAAGGAAGUAGUCCUUGCUGUUAGGAAGUGCAUACUGUUUAUUUGUCAUGUUUACAUCACGCUAAAGACAUCCCUAGAGCCCUACAGACAUCAGCUGUUCUCUAGUAGAUGAUUAAAAAAAGACACUUGCAUGUGAAUCUGAAACAAAUGACGGUGGAAGAUCAGGUUUCCCAAAACAACUUUGACCAGAAUGACACCUGAAAAACGUUUUCUAUUUAACAUAACUUAAACCUAGAUAAGCUCUUAUGUCAGUUAAUAUAACUACAGUUCUAAGUAUGUGUGCACUACUUACUCCCUCAUGGUACCAUUCAGGAUAUUCUGUUGACUCAUGAACGAGGGAUUUGAGAUCAGGAUGUGAAAUUCUGAACUUCUGAAAUACUGUGUGCAUCUGUGAACAAGUCUAUCUUGAUGGAUGUGUUGCAGUGUUUUUGGGGAAACAUUACAUUCUUCUUUCACAACUGAUGCUCUGCUGAUUUUGUUAGCACAUUUACAACUUGGAAGUUUCACAUUUUAAUGAAAAUCCGUACAGAAAGGACCACAGCAAAAGUCAUGUUGUCGAUGCAGAGUGUAAUGACUGCAUCUCUUAGAGCUGGUUUUGUCUGGAGAGGUGAGAGAUCCGCAAGAAUACAUGUAACCAUGGUGAAGAAAGGAAGUUUUUGCUCUGGUCAAAGGAAUGAAUAGUGCCGUAUGUGGAGAGUAAACAGAACUAAAAGCGAGAAAAACCUGUAAGAGGGCAUCUCCUUUCUCUUAUUAAUGAUAUACCUGAUAAUAGAGCCUCAAUGCAUUUGCAUUUGAGUUACAAAAAUAAAGAAAAGGUUACAUUUCAUUUGCAAAUAAGGUGCCAAGUGUGUAGAUAAUAAAAUGAAUUGCAUUAAGUAGAAAAAAAAAUACACGAAUAGAGCAGUAUUUCAGUUGAUAUGUCACUAAUGCAGCUACUGGCUGAUGUUGGACUAGUAGCUGUGUACAGUUAACAUUAACACUGAGGGACUGACUGUAAUUGACUACGGUGCUGAUUUUUGUUUCCUAACAUUCACAUCAUCCUAAUAGAUUCACACGCAGGCCGUCGCAGUCGUGCCGUGUGCACCGCUCCCGGCCAAAGUCAUCUCACGCAGCUUCACUAAGAGUUCAGAGUCUAAAGUAAUGCAUUGUAACAGAAGCUAUUUAUUUUGCAGUUGUGUGUUUUUAAUUUAUUUGUCAAGAAUGGGAAAUAAUUAAUACGCAGACAGAUGCUUUUUUUUUUUAUUAUUAUUUGUCAGGUGCUUAUUAUGAUGAUUGUGAACUGGUUCCAUUUAGAUUUUAACAGUGUCAAAGUUCUGUGUAUAGUGCAACAUAUCAAAAAAUAAAUAUUAGAUAUCUGAAA